AUGGCACCGACCACCGCCACGUUGCUGAACCAGCUACCAGUGUGGAUUGCAGCCACACUGGCGACAUGGUUGGUGUGCUGGCUCGUCGUCAGUCCGGUAAGCUGCCACGAGGUGCCAGCAUGCAGCCGCCACCUGAAGACCUACCCAGGCUCCUGGCAUGUGAUCUCCUGCGCUAUGCUCUUGACCAUGGUGAUGUAUGAGGUGAUGAGCCUCGUCGCCACCUAUGCCGGCGCAAGGCAGACCCAGGCGCUCAUUCCGCACCUCAAGAGCAAGUGCUUGCCAACUUUCCUCCUCGCACUCAUGUUCGGUGUCCUGGCCUCUGCAGAGCGACUCUUCUCGCGAGCGGAGUGGACCGUCGCACACGUGAUGCCCAGCGCUGAUGGCUUGACACUGGCGGGACGACCCGUGUACACCCUCCAGUACAUGGAGUGGGGCAUCAAUGUACCUAUCCUUCUCAUCCUCGCUGGCUACUGCAGCAUGGGCCGGCCCAUUCAGGAAAUCUCCCGUCCCCUGGUCGUGACCAACAUCUACGUAAUUCUCUGCUGGGCGGCAACAGCCACGGAGAGCUCCGUGCUGAAGUGGUUCCUGAUUGUGGUGUCCUUCGCAAUGUAUGGUUGGGCAUCUGUCGACAUGCUGAACUGGUGCGCGGCCUUUGAACGGACUGCGCCUGCGGACCUCCCUGCGCGAAGCAUCCGCCCUUUGCUCUCCUCGGGCCUGGUUGUGCACCUCUUGCUCUACGGUGUGGUGUACAUGGCCGCAGUUUUGGGCCUCAUCUCUGCUCACCUGGAGCGAAAGUCCUUCUUCGCCUUGACCUUCGGGUCGAAGAUCGCGUACAGCGCAGCCUUCGUGUUCAUUCGAGCGGAUGAGUACCACAAGACACUGACGGACGUGCUUCGCAAGGUGAGCGUGUCAAACGUGGGCAUGAUCUCAAUUCUCCGGGGCAGCUUCGACAUCAUCCUCCCUUGCGUACUGGAUGCAGGAGGCCGUUGCAAGCUUCCAAGCACCUAUUCGGGAGAUAUGGGCAAGCUGGAGAAGAUGUUGGGCUACCCAGUGUCCGGCGCCAACCUGCAGAAUCUCUUGGCCGGAGACCAGGAUCGUUCCGACUUCUCCUCCUACGUUCGCAAUGUGGUUCGCCAGGCUGAUUGCCCACAAGCCUUCAACGAGGCAACCCUGUCUACCCAAGGAGCUUGGACUUGCAACACCGGGUCUAUGCCACCAAUUGCGCAAGUCCUCCACAGCAAGAUGCAGUGCAAGGUGGCGAACGGAUCAAAGCUCGACACCACUCUUCAUCUGUCCGUUGUUCCGCGUUCCGCGAUGACAUUCGGGAAGGAGCGUCAGUUGGUUGUGGCGAUCCAGUUCACUGCGCCUGCCAUGCAAGAGGCGAAGGACAGCGAUGUUUCCGUGGCAGGCUUUGAGACCUUCCAGGCAAAGAAGAGCAUCUCAUCGGGCGGCUCCACGCAGCCCACCAGCGACACCCAAUCCCAAUCGGCUAUCGUCGCGAACUUGGCGGACUUGACGAAGUUGGGAAUGCCCGGGAUGCUGCAGAGCUCUGAGGAGCAGACGAAUGAGGACUCCGCCUCCUACUACUAUGGGGCCUCUAUGACGGAUGACACCAUGUCCCAUCUUGCUGCCUUUGCCAAGCAGGAGCUCGGCAAUUUCGGCAAGGCGGCCUUCGAUGCGCGGAUUGUUGGCACCUGGGAAGGCACAGUCAACAAGGCUCUUGGAGGCUACCGCCAGCGCAUUGAGUUCUCCCACGACUGCCUGCAUGCGAGCAUCACGGUCAUGGGCAAGACCCUUGAGGCUUGCUUCCGCAUGGACUGCUCCAAGGAUCCAUGCCACCUCGACAUCGAAGUCAUUCCGGUUGGCACAAGCUGCCCGCCUCCGGCAAUUCCCUACAUCUUCAAAUUCGAGGGCGACCAGCUGUUCCUCUGUGGGCCAGGAAGUAGCAAUCUCCAACGUCCGCACAGCUUCGAGGGCAUUGGGCUCUGCGUGAUGGAGCGUGCUGACAGCUGCGGAGUACCCAUGGGAAGGCAGCGCAGCAAGGCCUCCAGCAAGACAUCCGAAAUUGAGCCUGAUCCAGAGUUCAGCCGCAAUGUCACGGAAGUGACGGAUGUUCCUUCGGAGGCUCAGCGCAUGUUCCCGAAGAGCGUUGUGCAGAAGGAGGUGAUUGCCCCGAAGCCCAGCAAGUUGGACAAGUUGGGAUUCAUGGGCUGGAUCGAGGACUCUGUUUUGGAAGCCUCGGCAGACUUCACGAUAUAG